AUGGAGAUGCUACGUCGCUCUUCCGUUUUUGCUGCAGAGGUAUUUGAAGUGUUUGACAGAUCCCCCACUGAUAAGGAGCUGGUAGCACAGGGGAAAGCAUUGUGCAGAGACUUUAUCCAAGCCCGACUCCAGCGUGCUGGUCUUGGAUGGAACAAACCAGAACACGGGAUCUCUUCUUCAGCAGGAGGACGUAUGGCGGAAGUGUCAGCCACCUUCCUGAGGCUAGGGGAUGAGCUGGAGUACAUGAGACCAGCUGUAUACAGGAACAUUGCCCGACAGCUGAACAUCUCCCUGACUUCAGAGACCGUUCUGUCUGAAGCUUUCCUGGCGGUUGCCUCAGAGAUAUUCUCAGCAGGUAUAACAAAGACUAAAGUAAUUACACACAGAGGUAUUACAUGGGGGAAAGUAGCCUCAUUAUAUGCAGUAGCGGCAGGCCUUGCAAUGGACUGUGUGAAGCAUUCUCAGCCUGCCCUUGUUCUCACCAUCGUGGACUGUGUGGGAGAGUUUAUACGAACAACCCUGGUCACGUGGCUGAAGAGGAGAGGAGGAUGGACAGAUGUAACAAAGUGUGUUAUCACUUCUGAAUCCAGCCUGCGAUCCCACUGGUUGGUCUCCAGCGCCUACAACUUAGGACAUUUCUUAAAGGCAGUGAUAUUCUUUCUGCUUCGUGAACGAUAA